AUAAAAAAUGAUCGAUAAGGGGAUCAAAUUAACGAUUUCCUUAAUCAAGCGACUAUGAUUCCUUCCCGCGAACAAUUACAAAGAAUGCAUGUUCAUCCGCAAAAUAGAUUCGUCCCAUGCGUCGUUGCGAUUUUCCCAAUUAAGAUCGAUCGGAUGGAAAAAAGCGCGAUUUGCCGAUACGCGAUUCAACGCGAUGUGAUACGCCGAGAUUAAAAGCUCGUGUUUUCGACGCCGGCAGUUGACGCACUCUCAUCGAAAGAUCGACCCUGAUUGAGAGAAUUGGUGACGCGAGCGUGAAACGGAAUUUACAAGCAGCGCGAAUACGACCGAUGGAUGUUCCUCGGUUCUUCGAUUUAGAAACUUACUUUGUGACGACGAAAAGAGAAUGCAAAGAACUUGAAAAUUGUCAUGAUGCCUCGACUGUAACGUGCCCUUCUAUUACGAGAACAAGUACGACGAAAGUUACGUACGACGGCGUUACGUUAGAGUUAUGAAAGCUCACCCGACAUAGUCGACUGGUAUGCGCUGACAGGAAUGUGUAAGUUACUUGCCUUGAAAAACGACAACUGCGCUGGUUUCUACCUGUAUCAAAUUUCUAUCCCUUAAAUAAAGCGACAAGAAAAUUUUAUGAGCACCAAAGUAUUUCGAAAAUAUUCGGCUUUUAAAAGAGAUAAAUCAAUGCAAACAUCCCUGACAAAUAAUGAUCCCGAUAUCGUUAUCAUAAAUGUUAGAUUAUAAAAAAAAAUCAGUUGAAAUCAAAAAUUUGGCUCAUCUCGAAGAGAAAAAAGAAUAGUGAGUAACGGAAUAAUACGAGGGAAGAUUGUGCGUUCCGAGCGAAAGCUCAGUACACUUUAAGGCGAGAUAAGAAAGACGCUGUGAGAAACAAAAUUGCAAACGGAAAGGCGGGCAACGGUGGCGGUUGAAUAGCGGUGAAGAGCAAGGGUGAAAACGGCGACGGUUUUUCGCUCUUAUACUAGCUUAACAUAAGCGAAGAGACCGUGAUAUUCGUGAUGCAGAGCCUCGACGACUUGAUGACGUACAAUUCCACGUCUCAUCUCUGGAACGUGACAACGCUGUGGUUCGACAAUGACACCUAUCACAAUGGUACCAACUACACGGAUUUGGCGCCGCGGAAUCAAUUUGUGCUUCCGUGGUGGCGGCAGAUGAUUUGGACGCUUCUAUUCGCCGGCAUGAUCACCGUGGCGACCGGUGGCAAUUUAAUAGUGAUAUGGAUCGUGCUGGCGCACAGGCGGAUGCGUACCGUCACCAAUUACUUCCUGGUGAAUCUCAGUAUCGCGGACGCCAUGGUAUCCACCUUGAAUGUCACCUUCAACUAUACCUAUAUGCUCAACAGCCAUUGGCCGUUUGGAACGCUCUAUUGUAAGAUUUCCCAGUUCAUCGCGGUUCUCACAAUAUGCGCCAGCGUCUUUACAUUGAUGGCGAUAUCCAUUGAUCGGUACAUGGCCAUCGUGAAUCCUUUGAAACCACGUAUGGGGAAAAAGGCGACAUUGUGCGUCGCAAUCAUAAUUUGGAUCAUCGGGGCAAUUUUAUCUUUACCGAUGUUACUUUUCUACACCACGUACACUCAGAACUUCAUGAAUGGCGAAGUCCGCGUCGUCUGCUACAGCGAUUGGCCGAACACAGACGAUAAUGGACUCAGCUACGAUGAAUAUUUGUACAACGUUAUUUUCAUGAUAUUGACAUACUUUUUACCAAUCGGAUCCAUGACAUUUACUUAUGCCAGGGUUGGCCUGGAAUUGUGGGGCUCGCAAAGCAUCGGGGAGGCCACAGCCAGACAGCUCGAAAAUAUUCGGAGCAAACGAAGGGUCGUAAAAAUGAUGAUAGUCGUAGUAGUAAUAUUCGCAGUGUGCUGGCUUCCGUUUCAUAUGUACUUCAUAGUGACGUCCUAUCUGCCAGAGAUUACAAAUGAACCGUACAUCCAGGAGGUCUUUCUAGGCAUAUAUUGGCUGGCGAUGUCCAAUAGCAUGUACAAUCCUAUAAUUUACUGUUGGAUGAAUACUAGAUUCCGCCGUGGCUUCGCUCAAUUUUUCUUCUGGUGUCCGUGGGUGCGUGUGACGUCGGAGCCGUCUCUGUCGCGUUCGGAGGCCGUGACGUCCAGAUACAGCUGCACCGGUAGCCCGGACAUGCACACCAGAAUAUCGCGGAAUGGCACGGUGCGAAUACCACUGCACCUGCAAUCAGUGAGAGGAAAUGACCGGCUAUUGGCUCAUCAUCGCGAUCAUGGCAAAAAAUGGAGGGCUUCGCAGACCAGAGGACAUGUGUCCUGACAAGAGGAAGAAAACUCUCAGCAACAACGAGUACAUACCUGGAUAUGAAAAUAAUAUCUAAUUUUCCUUUAAUGCUGGCGCUCUUUCUAUCA